CCGUCGCUUGAUGAUGACGUCAGAGCCAAUGGCGCCGCUACAGCUGUGUCGGCCCAUGAAUGAGAACCAGGUGACUCGUUGAGGACCAGCCGCCCGCAGGUGAAGUCUGAGGGAUGGAAGUGUCGGUGCGCGAGCUCCGCCUCUCUUCAGAGCCUGACUCCUCCUACUUCCUCCGGGUGGACUGGAGGGGGCGGAGCUUAGGCUCGGGCUUCCGCUUGCUGCUGACUGAUGGACAGAGCGCUUGGAGAGGAGACGUGAGCGAGGCGGAGGUGCGCGAGGAGGCGGAGGAGCUGGAGAUGCAGACGGAGCGCUACGUCCAGGACCUCCGGCAGGCGCUGACGGAGGCGGAGACCUCCGGCACCUACAGCUUCGCCCUGACUCCGCCUCCACCCGACCGCCGCGAGGCCGUCACGCUGCAGUACGAGAAGGUCCAGAAGGACAUCUCGUUCCGGUUGGGUUCUGCUCGGCUGACGGCCGACCCGCAGCCGGCGGAGGCGGUGAGAAGGUUGCUGAUCCACAGCCUGCAGAGGGGAACCAGGCUGGAGAAGCACAACCAGAGUCUGCAGGAGGAGAAGCAGAGGCUGACCCAGGAACAGCGUCGCAUCGCUGCAGACCUGGAGCGUUACGCCGCAGGGAAGGAGGCCCUGGAGGCGGAGCUCUACUCCCGCUUUGUUUUGGUCCUCAACGAGAAGAAAGCAAAGAUCCGCAGUCUGCUGAAGGAAACCAGUUCUGGGGGGCAGAAGGAGGAGCAGCAGGAGGAGGAGGAGGAGGAGGAGGAGGAUGAAUAUGGAGGAAGCACUGAUGAAGAGCCAGAGGAGGCGGAGUCGACUUCAUCCCCCAGAAGACGCGGCGCUGCGAGCCCAUUGGACGGCGGCCUGAGGGACCUCCCAGACGUGGCCCCGAGCCGCAAGCGGCGCCUCCGUCACCUCGGGCCCCCGGAGGCGGAGCCUCAGGGCGCCCAGAGGAAGAGGGCCGACCCCCCGCAAGCAUCCAGUAAGCAGCAGACCCCCCCUCAGCGCCCCUCAGAGGCAGUGACGUCUGCAGCGGAGGACCUGUUUGAAGACUUCUAACCCUUAGAAGUCUUGAUGCUGGUUCCAUCACCAGAACCUCCUACUGGAUCACUACACCAUUUGGAACCCCAGAGGACCUCACGAAGAAUCACUUGAAACAUCUCAAGACCCCUGAAAGGACCACCAGAACCCCCUAAAGGACCCUUUAGAACCUCUGGAGAUCUUCUGCCAUGAGUCCACACAAAGCCUAAAUGUGUUCCUCCAUCACUUUGAUCUUUGGUCGGCAUAAUAAUGUAUUUAAAAAACCCUUUUGUAUCUGUUUCAUGAACUGGAAACUAAUGGUGAUAAUUAUAAUAUUUUAUCAUUUACAAAACCAAACAUUUUUAACAUUUGAACCAAUAAACUGAAGAUUUUGCAUUUUUAUAUGAUGUCAUUAAAAAAUUUUCACUGAAGGA